AUGACAAAUCCUCUUAUUUCGAUAAAGGCAGAGAAAUAUUUAGAGUUAUACAUAUACAAUCCUAGGGAAUAACCCAUAUAAUAUAAAUCGACCAUUUGCUCUGCUAAAUAGCUCACUGAUGAUCUAAAGUUUUAGAUUCCGAUAAAGAAAAAAAGACGAAAGACUGCAAGCAAGAUGUAUAAGAAUGGUAAAGAGAUCUUCCUAUAAAGGUCACUGGACCAAAAAGGAACAUAAUUUAUAGAAACAAACAAGGCUAUUAUGAUGAAAUCAGACCAAAAGAAACAAGAAAAGAUCUUUCAAUAGAUGUCUCUUGUGAUUAAAACACGAUCACCAUCGCAAUGCCGAUCUCAUCAUCAAAAAUUUAAUCCUUUCUUAGAAUAUUAUUUAUUAUUCAUAAAUACAAAUGAUUCAAACUAUUUUCUACUAGAAUCAGACUCUUUAGAGCCU